AAAAAAACCCUACCAGCAGGGGAACCACCAAAAGCCAAUAUUCAAUGACUUUUAUUUAUUUAUUUAUACAAAGUUGGGCCAAGUGGGCUCAUUUUCUUUUCUAAUGUGUCCAUGUCAUCUCACUUGAUUCAUGUGUUAAGUAAUUAAGUAUCCUUUACAACUUCAAAGGACGAUUGUUGUUUUAUGGUAGUAGCUUCAAAGAAUAAUAGAAUAGUUGUUUCUUUCGCCAGAUGCUCAUUCAACCAAGAAACAUGUGAAUCAUACAAACCUCUCAAGUCCAUGUUUAAUGUUUCACUCAUCUGAAAAACAAAGAUUCAUGUUUCACUUGUCCUCUAAGUAAUACCUACGUUAACAUAUUCCUUAAACUUAACAAAGCAUCUUAGUUGAGAUUACGACAGACCUCCUGACUAGCAUGCGUCGGUGUGUCUAUAAAUAAGUAGUGGAGCCUGUAGAGGUGAGUUUCUGAUAACAGUUCUAGUAGAAUGGAGGUUUUAAGAGUCGUAGUAACUUUGAGUUUGUUGGUUUCAUCGGUGUUGAGAGUGGGAAGUGAGGAAGUCAUGGCCACGGCAAUAAGUGGUGUUCCGGCUAUCUACAACUUUGGAGACUCCAACUCAGACACUGGGGGUAUAUCAGCAGCAUUUUUUCCAAAGACAGAUCCAUUUGGUGAAACUUUCUUCCAUAAACCGGCUGGUAGGGCUAGUGACGGACGCCUUAUCAUCGACUUCAUUGCUGAGCGCCUGAAUUUACCGUACCUAAGUGCAUACCUGGAUUCUGUUGGAACCAAUUUCCAACAAGGUGCAAACUUUGCAACAGCAGGGGCAACCAUCAGGCGGCAAGACGAGUCGUGGUUUAAGAAUGGUAUAAGCCCGUUUCCUCUCGAUAUCCAGGUCGAGCAAUACAUCCAGUUUAAAGCACGAACAAACUAUCUCUACAACAAAGCCGAUACUGAAAUAUCCCAGAGAAGCAAUCUCCCCAUACCCGAGGACUUCUCAAAGGCUCUUUACACAAUUGAUAUCGGACAGAAUGAUCUCGUGGUGGGUUUUAGGAAUAUGAACGAUGAACAAUUUCGAGCUGAAAUACCAGACAUAGUGAACAAGUUUUCUGCAGCAGUCCAACAACUGUAUCAAGAAGGAGCAAGAGCAUUCUGGAUACAUAACACAGGCCCGAUCGGUUGUUUGCCUUUAGCCACAGUGAAUAUCCAAAAUCCAAAGCCUGGAUAUCUCGAUGAGCACGGCUGCAUCAAGGGUUGGAAUGCUGCUGCUGUAGAGUUCAAUAAACAGCUCAAGGAUGCAGUGACUCAACUAAGGGCAGAUCUCCCUCAAGCUGCACUAACAUAUGUCGAUAUGUACGCUGCAAAGUAUCGACUAAUCAACGACGCAAAGAAUCAAGGAUUUUUGGACCCGUUCAACAUCUGCUGCGGGCAUUACGGGAAUGGUAUCAGCGUCGGGUGUGGCAGUAAGGUGAACAUAAACGGGGCUGAAGUAUUUGGCGGUUCUUGCGAAGAUCCAUCAACAGUCAUCAGCUGGGAUGGUGUUCACUACUCCGAAGCUGCAAACUUCUGGGUUGCUAAUCAAAUUCUCAACGGUUCAUUUUCGGACCCGCCAAAUCCAAUUACUCAGGCAUACUAUAAGCACGUCUGAGUAAUUGCAUAAUAUAGUAAGCAAUAUCACUUGAGCAAGGGUACAUGUUACAACAAUACGAGUAGGAUUUAAAAAGCAUUUAGUUGUGCAUAUUGUAAAGCACCUGUUUUCAAUAAGCAUGGGUUUGAUAAGGUUAUCUUUUGGACGACAC